AUGCCCAUCAUCUAUUCUCUGGUCGCGCGGGGUUCGACCGUGCUGGCGGAACAUGCUGCCGCGACGGGCAACUUCAUCACGGUGAGUCGUCUCAUCCUAGAUAAAAUCGCUGAUACGUCGGGCGGCAAGAUGUCGUACACCUACGACAGGCACUACUUCCACUACGCGGCGAGCGAGGGCGUGAUUUACCUGAACACGUACAAGACCGCCAUGGCCUUUGGCAUGAAUGAAGAGUUCUCGCGCGUCCUCCAGAGGCAGAUGGAAUACUUCUCGUACGACCCCAGCGUGGACAAGAUCUCUCUUGUCCAGAAGAAGGUGGACGAGACCAAGAAGGUCAUGGUGGAGAACAUCGAGAGAGUGCUGGACCGUGGCGAGAAGAUAGAGCUUCUGGUGACGAGGACAGAGCAGCUGCAGGAUCAGUCCUACCGGUUUUCCACCGAGAGCAGGAGGCUCAAGUGGAGCAUGUGCAGAGACAACUACAAGCUCUGGGCCAUUCUUGUUAUCGUCGUCAUCAUCAUCGUGUGGCUCAUCUCCUCGUUCAUUUGCGGCUUCGAUUACUCCAAGUGCUCGUGA